GACUUCCGCUCGGAGUCUCGCUUUGAAUUAAAAACAAAUCAGUGUAGUUUGUUGUCAGUCGUAACAUUAUUGAGUGGUGAAGUGUAGUCUGGAAGCCGGAGAUUCUUUUUAAAAUAACUGCAACAACGAAAUUUGUGUUGAAUUGUACCAAACUAUAUUAAACUUGAAGAUGGAUCGCUCGGAAUUAAAUGCUGUACUGAAAAAUGUUCACGAUGCUUUACGUUUAGACGAAGACAACAAAUUUAUGGAAGCCUAUGGGAAGUAUGUGGAAUGUAUGAGGUCCAUUGCCAACAAACUUUGGCUCAGUUUCACAAAUACAGAUGGUGGUAUUUUAGUCCGGAAUGUCUUGAAUCGUUAUGUUACACUUGGUCAACAAUGUAUGGAACGAAUAUCAAUAAUACUUGAGAAAGUAGAAGGGUCUCCAACUCAAGCCCUUCCCUCUAAAAACCUGAAGAGUUCAAGGAUCACUUUAAGCAAUGAAAAUUUAGCACCUUUAUCUACACUACAUAAUUCAUCUGUGAAUACUUAUACUAAACCUGUUGAUAUGAGUCCAAUGGCAGCAGCCCAAAAACAAAACCAGCAACUGUUGUUUGCUUACAAGGCCCGUAUGGCACAGCAGAAUCAAGGAAGAAAACAGCAUGACUUGGCUCUUACACUUCAAAGGAAAAUGGUUGAGAAUAUUGCAAUAGCUAAAGCUCGUGAAAUUUCUCUUUCAAAGAAAAUGAAUGAACGACAGAAACGCUUGGAAAAAGAAGCUACACGCCGUUUUUCCUUACCCACAAAACUUUCUAAAGAACAAGAGAAUCGCAAACAAAUCUUUAAAAAGACAUUAGAUUAUGAGAUGGAUGUGAAAUGGCUUCAAAAUAUAAGACAGAAAGUAUCACAGGAUCCGAAAAACCCUGAAGUUAUAAAAUAUUUAAUCCAAAGUAUAUUUCGGUGUGUGGAUCAUCCUCUGACAGCACUAUUGAACAAGUAUCAACAAAAGGUUCUUCGAAAUCUCUUACGACUUACUCAGUCACGAUCGUUUGAAGUGAGCCAAAUAAAGGUACCAUUGAAUGUCCAUAAAAACACAUCUAGUCUACAACUGGAAGGUGACAGUGCAAAACCUACUGGCGAACUUACAAAGCAAACACCAUCAUUGGAGGAUACUUCUAGUAAUGAUGACUCUAGAGUUCAGGAAAAUAGAACAGCAUGUGAUAGAAAUGAGCAAGAAACUGGAAAGCAGUCCAACGAACCAUUUUCAGAAGAUAAGCAAGUAGAAGACAGUAUAACAGAGUCAACUUCUAUGAAGGAUAUGGAGGAUGAAACGCUGGAAGAUGUAAUCAUUUCAAGUAAAGAACAACUUCUUACUGCUCUUGAAGUAUCUAAUGAAAUGCAAGAAAAUCUAAUUCAAGAACAGAAGAUGCUGAACAAAGUGAAACUAAAAACUGUAAAUCUGGCACAGUUUACAGAAACAUCAAAAGAUGAGGAAUCUGAUGAUAUGUGUUCAAGUUCAUUUGAUGAAAGUAGUUUAUUGAAGUCUUACUCAAGCAGUGAAGUAAUAGAUGAAUCUGUCUAUAUCUUGAAACUAACCGAUGACGCAUAUCAAAGACAUUUACAUAACAUCAGUAAAGAUAUAUUACUUUACAAUGAAAAGAUAAUGAAGAUGUUUAUUAUUUGUUAUGAAGGACUAGAUUCUGCUGAAGGCCGAGACCAAAUUUAUGCUUGUAUUGAAGAGAUGUUUUUCAAACCAAUUUGGCCUCAUUUAUUGCUGCUCUUCAGAAUUGUUCAUAGAGAUGAAGAAUAUAAAGCAGCUCAGGUAAUGACUGACUAUCAGAAUGUAAUGCCACAAGAUGUUGAUGUGGCACCAAAUCUUUGUCUUGAACAGUCUUCCACUUCUGGUCAGUUUCCUUAUCAGUCUGCAGUUGAAGAGUUGAGAUCAGUGAAAGAUUUGACGGCACCCUUAAUGAAAAUGGAAUGCUUGGUUCGUGUUAUCCGACAGGUAUGCCAAUGCAUUGCAGACUAUCAACAUCCAAGUCAUACUGGUGUAAAGAGCAAUACUGAAGAUCAUGCACCUACUGUUGGUGCAGAUGAUCUGCUUCCAAUCCUGCAUUAUGUGCUGAUCCGUAGUGAACUACCAGAACUUGUCUCUGAAUGUGCUGCCAUAGAGGAACUGAUCCAUGAAGGGUAUCUUCUUGGUGAAGGUGGCUACUGUUUGACUUCAUUCCAAACAGCUCUUGGAUAUCUUACAUCUCUAUCUUCAGAAAAAGUCUUUCACACUUUACCUGGAAAUUAGUAUGAAAUUGUAUUUAUGUGAUAUUUGGAAAAUUCUUCAGCAAAAACAAUGUUUUUUUUUUGCAUUUAUAUGCUGGAAGUAAUAUUGAGCCUUCCACCUGCCCCAAUUUCUAUAGAUUUACAUUCCAUGUUUUGUGGGAUUCUCUGUAAAGUUUUCAACAAGCAGUGAUGGCAUUUAUUAGCUUCAGUAAGCUAUCUGGUUUAUAUCACACAGAUGUUGUGUUGUUUGUUCUUGAGCGAACAGCUCAACUGUUUUAAUUACUUCAUUGUUAUAUGUUAUAUGGUCACCUUUUUUUACCAUAUAACUAAUACAUUACUAAUUAAAUAACUCAAUCACAAUAAUAUUUAUAAACAACAUAUUAUUUAUCAUCGAAUUCUACUAUAUAUAAUAAGCAUGCAGUGAUAUCAAAUGACCAUUAACAAUGAAUCUGUAAAUAUAUAAAAUAUAUUACUAAUGAUAUAUCAAGUCAAUACUGUUUACAAAAUACUUGGAAAGUUUCAAUUAAAAUUUUAUUUAAAGCCCU